AUGUCUACUCCAAGCCUAACGAAUGCCCAGCAAGUCAGAGACUUCGUCCCGACAAAGCACGACAGACCAUAUGACGCCAUUGACCCGAAGAAUGCAGAACUGCCAGAGGGUUUUGUUGUAUGCAUAAUCGGCGCUGGAGGAGCUGCCGGCUCCGGGCUGGCAAGGUCUUUCGCCCAGGCUGGCGCCUCGGGCUUGAUUCUCGCUGCGCGAACGCAAAAGACACUGGAUGAAACAUCCAAGGAGGUUGGUGAUAUCAAUGCAUCGGCCAAGGUUGCUUCUGUUGCGUGCGACAUCACUUCCAAUGAGGGCGUGGCCGACAUUGCUUCAACUGUCAAGAGCCAGUUCAACGGGAGACUAGACGCCGUAUUCGUCAACUGUGGGUUCUCAGGUCCUCUCUCAAAGGCUACAGUUCUUGAAGAAGACUUUGGGGACGUGCAAAAGGCCUUCGCCACACAUUGCUUGGGUACAUGGCUUGCCGCACAUCAACUUUUACCCUUCCUUUUGGAGAGCAAAGGCAGCUUCAUUGUCAUCAGUUCGAUCUCAGCUCAAGGUCUCAUCGGAUUCGGUACAACAUCUCACUAUUGUACCAGCAAGCUUGCCCAAGCUCGUAUGGUCGAGAUGCUACAUGCACAAUAUGCCGACAAGGGCAUUUUCGUUGCUAGUCAUCGAAGGAUAUUCAGCACCCGACAGGGUGCGUUGAACGGGCGAUGGUUAUCUUGCAAAUGGGAUGUUGGCGAGUUGGAGCUGAAGUUCGAUAGCAUUCAGCAGCAGGAUCUUCUAAAGUUCCGGAUGGUUGUUGAAUGA